UUACGAAAAAGCUUCUAUGAGGUUUGGAACUUGUGAAAAAUGUAAAGAGUAUAACAAACGUAAUGAGGAUAAUAAAUGUAAUGAGGAUAGUAAAUAUAACGAGAAUAAUAAAUGUAAUGAUGAUAAAAGUGGAUAUAAUUAUGGUUUUGCAUUUUGUCAUAAACAUGAUAUAAGCCAACAAUAUAGUAAUAAAAAUGAUGAAAUAGAUAAUUUUAUUAAAGUUGCACAAAAUAAAUCAAAAUAUUAUGAUAAAAUAAUCGAAUGGAUACCUUUUGAAAGAUUAGAAAACAUUGAAAAAAUUGGAGAAGGUGGUUUUGGAAUAGUUUAUUCUGCAACUUGGAUUGAUGGUAAACGGAAAUAUGUAAUCGAGAAAAAUCAAGUAAAGAUAUCUCGUGAACAGAACUGUACGGUUGCUCUAAAAUGCCUAGACAGUAAUGAUACAUCUAAAUUUAUAAAUGAGUUUAAAGCUUAUUAUGAAUGUCAGCGUAAAAGAUACGAUAUAGAGAAAUAUGGAUUAGAAACAUAUGGAAUUACAUACAAACCAGAUGAACCAGAUAAACUAGGUAAAGGAAAAUAUAUGAUGGUUUUUGAGUAUGCGGAUAAAGGCGAUCUUGGAAACUAUGUAUCCAAAAAUUUUGCAGUUCUUAAAUGGAAACAAAAAAUAGAAAUUCUUUGUUCAAUAUCAGAUAAUUUAAAUCAUAUUCAUGAACAAGAUUAUUGUCAUGGAGAUUUUCACAGUGGUAAUAUACUUAUGACAAGUGUUGAGGACUUUAAAGAUCUUAAGAUUAAAACUUUUACUUUUGGUAGCAAAGCUGUGGCAAUUUCACAAAAUACUGGAAGCAAAUCAC